AAAUAACCAAGCCUACACAGUUCGAGUAAGUUGAAGAGUCGAGUAAGAGUUGAAUUAACUGAGCGGAAAACAUUUUGAUAGCUUCAAUCACGACAAUGGCUCUCUGGAACUACGAUCCUUACACUUGCGUGGACACUACACGCCGUAGAGAUCCUUGGGGUCUUUUCGAACCGGAACCUAAUACUUAUUGGCCGGAGUCACAGUUUCUCCGUUCCCUCCGAUCUCACGGUGUUAUCGGAUCUCCCGCGAUUAAGCACCCACAUUCCACACGGGAAAUCGUCAGUGACAAGGAAAAGUAUCAGGUGACGCUACAAGUUGAAGAUUUCAAAUCUAACGAGAUUAGUGUUAAAAUAGUUGGCACUUCGUUGGUGGUUUGCGCUGAACACGAAGAAAAGGAAGACGACCAUGGACAUGUGUUUCGUCACAUUAAACGCCGAUAUAUUCUGCCUAAUAACGUUGAUUUGGAUCAUCUAAGCGCAACUUUGUCCGACAACGGAACUCUGGUUGUGUGUGCGCCAAAAAAGCCAGAAGAAACGCAGGAAAAUGAGCGUGUUAUCGAAGUCAAACAGUUAAAAUCGGAACCUGCAUCACAGCCGCCAUCCCAGGUGUCAAACAAACCCGAACAACAAACUGGGAAGGGUAAAGUUAACAUUCCCGUAAGUCACGAAAAAAGCAAAAAAUGAAGUUUUAACUUCAUGAAAGCCUCGAGGUUUGAAAUGAUCUAUUAUAUUACAAAUCUACGUGGUUUUUUCUUAUUUCAACCUCUCGUCAAUUCUUUUUUUAAUGUGAUGAUGAAAACCACUCAUACACUUUUGCUACAGUU